AUGCCUGCAGACGUCGUAGCUGGCGUGGCGGCCGGUGGAGCGAGCAGUGCAGCGGCUGUGUCGGCGGCGGAGGGAGCAGUGCCAGAGUGGAUGGCGGAUUGGUCGCUCGCCCUCGCCCACCGCGCCGAGCCUCACGGCGGCCUCCCGGUCGGCGCUGUCCUGGUCCAGCCGCACUCCGCGGAGCGACUGCGCAAGCUGCUCCUCUCGGCGUGCGGCGCUCGGCUGCCUCUCGAGACCCACCGCCUCGGCCCGUCGCCUCACCGCCGUCUCGACUCGGGGCUGAUGGUGCACUGCCCUCCGCCGAUCGCGACGCUCUUCGAGGCGGCCAUCGCAGGAGAGGCGCCUCUCUGCACCAGUCUCGCUGAGUUUGUAUCUCGCGCACCGGUCGUCUACCUCUCCGGCGUGAGGAGGCACGAGCGAGUACUGGGCCGGGCGCCACCCGCCGCCCGCGGUGUGCCGGCAGCGCCUCCGCCGCCCUUCACGUUUGCAGAGGUGUUCGCCGGGAUCGGCGGCUUUCGCCUCGGCCUCGAGCCUCUGGGAGGGGUGUGCAGCCUCGCGUGCGAGGUCGACCCGAUGGCGUGCGCCACGUACCGGCUCAACUUCGCGCGCGACGGGGCCCUGCUCGAGGCAGACCUCACCGGCCUGCCUGCCGACGAGCUGCCUGCCUUCGACCUGCUCGCGGCAGGCUUCCCGUGCCAGACCUUCUCUGUCCGUGGAGAGCAGCGGGGCGUCGAGAGCACGCCCACCGACUGGAGAGGCGGCCUCUACCUCGAGCUCGUCCGGCUGCUCGCCGCCUGCCGCCCGAAGGCGUUCCUCUUCGAAAACGUGCCCGGCCUCGUCACGCUCGGGGGCGGAGGCCGCUCUGCGGCCGUGAGCGGCAAGCCGACCACCUUCCGCGCCGGCUCCGUCCUACGAGGCAUGGUUGCCGCCUUCGAGGGGCUGCCGCAGUACCGCGAGCGGCUCUUCCUUGCGGGCGUGCGGCGCGACUGCGAGGCGCGGCCGAUGGACUGGAGCGGACUCUGCUACGAAGGCGGCCAGCCGCGGGGGACCUGUCUCGGACGCGUCUCGGACGCGUCUCCGGCACAUGCCUCGGACGCGGCGGAGCUGACGGAGGCGCAGCUCUCCGUCGUGAUGGCCCAGCUGGAGGCGCGGGGCGAGUGCCUGGCGGACCGCGCCAUCCCAACCGAGGGCAAGGCGCCGACCCUCAUCUCGCUCUACCAAAAGACGGGCGGCUUCUCCACAAAACUGAUGGGCUUCCCGGAGAGCUACUCGAUCCCGCCACGCAAGCAGGGCGCCGGCUACUCGGGCUUCUACAGGCAGAUUGGCAACGCCGUCUGCCCUCCAGUCGUCGCCGCGGUGGGGGAGCGGUUGCUGGUAGCCGCGGGCGUCAGGGCGGCGGACGAGACGUAG